AUGUUGAGGCAACUAAUCGGACAAGUACAAGAGUUUUUGGAACUCUACGGUUCUCCUCCUACGGUUCCUCCUAAUUACUUCCUUCAGUUUCGACCUGAGUCCACACCUCAGCACCACCUCAGGUGGUGUUUUCUUGAUCUUGAUAGUAGCUCUGUAAAUUAUGAUUGCUAUAAUCUCAUAAUGACUGCUGGUAAAUCCGAAAAUUUGAAAAUGCUGGAACCCGGUAAACCUCCACCCACAAAAAAGGCCCGAAAAGAAUCCCGUCGAGGAAAAGUGAUUGCCAGUGCAAGGUCUUCAGAAAAUAUGGAACAGCGUAUCUGGAAAGAAUUUCCGGAAGAUCUCUUUGAAGCUGUGGUAGCAAGACUUCCAAUCGCUACCUUUUUCCGUUUUCGUUCAGUUUGCCAGAAGUGGAAUUCACUGCUUAAUUCCCAAAGUUUUUCUCAACAAUGUGAGCAAGUUGGACAAUCACAACCUUGGUUUUACACCAUCACUCAUGAAAAUUUGAAUACUGGAGCCAUGUAUGACCCGUCGUUGAAGAAAUGGCACCACCCUACAGUUCCUGCCUUGCCAACAAAAUCAAUUUUGUUGCCAGUGGCAUCAGCUGGGGGACUCGUUUGUUUACUUGAUAUUGGGCAUACGAGCUUUUACGUAUGCAACCCUCUUACGAAGUCCUUGAAAGAGUUGCCGGCCAGGUCAGUUAAGGUCUGGUCUCGUGUGGCUGUAGGGAUGACUCUGAACAGGAAACCUGACGGUUUGGAUUAUAAGAUCCUUUGGGUUGGUUGUGACGGUGAGUACGAAAUCUACGACUCCGGAAAGAACUCCUGGGCAUGUCCUGGAAUCAUGCCCUCGAACAUUAAGCUCCCGUUGACACUGAACUUUAGGUCUCAGGCAGUUUCCGUUGAUGGAACACUUUACUUCAUGCGUUCCGACCCUGAUGGGAUAGUGUCCUACGAUAUGGUUUCCAGGGUAUGGAAGCAAUACAUUAUCCCGGCACCUCCACAUCUGAACGAUCAAACACUAGCAGAAUGUGGAGGAAGGAUCAUGCUCGUGGGGCUACUCACCAAGAAUGCUGCCACGUGCGUCUGCAUAUGGGAGCUACAAAAGAUGACGCUUUUGUGGAAGGAGGUUGACAGAAUGCCAAACAUAUGGUGCUUGGACUUUUACGGAAAGCACGUUAGAAUGACUUGCCUGGGCAACAAAGGUUUGCUUAUGCUAUCUCUGAGAUCGAGGCAAAUGAAUCGACUGGUUACAUACGAGUUAUCGACCGGUGAAUGGGUCAAGGUACCCAGCUGCAUGUUGCCAAAUGGGAGAAAGAGGCAAUGGAUCGCAUGCGGCACUGCAUUUUACCCGUGUUUGACUGCUUCGGCUUAA